GGGGUUUCUUGCCGUAGCGGCAUCAUAUCAGAAAUAAAAAAAUUGCCUGGAAAUUUCAAUUGAGAGAAACACGUCUUUUUCACGCGUCAAUCGACCGAUAGGGGCCUUCUGGCACCUAUAAACCACCAUGGAGGCUCUGAGACCCCGUGGUGGUGGUAUAUCACACGCGUCACCCCCCGGAGUGGGCAACGUGGCCUCCCAAUUCGCGGAAACACAAGACAUGCCAGUCACCCCAACGCCAACCCGCUGGCGAUCUGGGAACGCGAUGCAACCUGGAAUUAAUGAAGGCAGCAUGGAGAGUAUGAGCGUGGAAGAAAAUGAAGGCCAGGAGCGCGGGCGACCUGGGGGAUCCAGCCGGGGCCCCAGCCGGGCCAGCGAGGCUAGAAGUGGAAUCAGACAACGAAAGGUCCUACAAAAGUCAUUGAUUGGUAGGGGCCCUAGAAGCAGCCCAAACACAGCAACAGGAAAUGUACCAGGCGGUCCUAGAACAAGUGCAAGCACACAUGGCAGAGGAGCUAUCCAACUGGAAAGCAGAACAACAACUCCAUGAAGGAAUCUAUCUUGAGCGAAUCACAAAUCUGGAACUGGAAGUCAGCAAGCUUCAUACAGAGCUCAUGGAGGCCCAACACACUAUUCAGCGAACUGGACCAGUGAAGCAAGAUACACCGGCAACCAAUGCCCAAUUGAGUCAAAUGAACCGGCAUGAUAACAACAUGAUCUCCAAGAAAACAGAAGUGAUGAGCCAAAAGUCAAAGCAGAAACCCACAUUUGCAGACCUAGCUGCACUACUCUCCACUAGACCUGGAGGACAGGAAUGGCAGGAGG